AUGGAUUCCAACAACAAAUCUUCCGAUCAAGUAAUUUCAGAAUUGGUUGAAAUGGGUUUUGAGCAUUCCACCAUUCUCGAAGCCAUUAAAGUAGUGGGUCUAUCGAUUCCAAGCGUUGUGGAGCAUAUCUUCAAUAGUAAUACUAGUACCAGUAAAAGCAGUGACCGUGAACCAUCAACUAGUAAUGGGAAUGCUCUCAAAAAACGAACCUUUUCAUCUUCCUUUCAAGUUCCAAAGCCUAGAACAAUCAAUCAGUAUUUUCAAUCCACUGAUAAAGGCAAUGAGAAAAAGAAAAAUGCUAUUGUUGUUGUUGAUGAUGAUGAUGAUGAUGUGGAAGAGUAUAAGGAGGCUUUACCUCGAAUGGGAAUUGAUAUUGAUUGCAGUGUGCCUCGAGAUUUGGAUGUUUCGUCGGAUUGGGAGCAAAGAGCGGGCAUUUUGUUGCAAAAACAUUUUGGUUUUUCAGCCUUGAAAAGUUUUCAGAAGGAAGCUCUCUCUGCUUGGAUUGCUCAUAAAGACUGUCUUGUCCUGGCUGCAACUGGAUCUGGGAAAUCUCUGUGCUUUCAGAUUCCGGCUUUGUUAACUGGGAAAGUGGUGGUUGUGAUUUCGCCUUUAAUAAGCCUAAUGCAUGAUCAAUGCUUAAAGCUAACAAAACAUGGAAUCAGUGCCUGUUUUCUUGGAUCUGGGCAGCCUGAUAAUACUGUUGAAAAGAAAGCAAUGAGAGGCAUGUAUAAUAUAGUGUAUGUUUGCCCAGAGACAGUCCUAAGAUUGAUUCAACCUCUGCAGAAGCUUGCAGAAAGCCGUGGUAUAGCUUUGUUUGCAAUUGAUGAGGUACAUUGUGUUUCCAAAUGGGGUCAUGAUUUCCGUCCUGCUUACAGCCGACUAUCUGCAUUGAGGGAAAAUUUCACUACUGGCAAGCUAAAAUCCCUGAAAUUUGAUAUACCUCUAAUGGCAUUGACAGCUACAGCUACAAAGAGAGUUCAAGAAGACAUUUUAAAAUCUCUACGCAUGUCAAAAGAUACAAAUGUUGUUCUCACAUCAUUUUUUCGACCUAAUUUACGCUUCACGGUAAAGAAUAGUAGAACAUCAUGGGCUUCUUAUGAGAAAGAUUUUCAUGAGCUGAUUAAAGUAUAUGGUGGAAACAAUAAAAAUGGUGGAAAUAAAAAAGCUUUCACCUCAGAUGAUAGAGAUGGUGUUUCCAUUUGCUCUGAUUCUGGUGGAAUGUCUGAUACAGACAGUAUUUCUUCUUAUGAUGUGGACGGCGACCAAGAUGACUAUGAUGAUGAAGAUAUUAAUGCAAUGCACUCACAAAACACCGGCAAUCAUAAGAAAAGAAGAAAAUUGACAGUUGAGUUCCUGGAAAAUGAUGUUGAUGUCUUUCAAUGUGCGGAUGACUUGGAUGUUACAUGUGGCGAAUUUUGUAUGCAACCUCCUCCCAAGCAAUGUGAGUUAUCUGAGACAAUUGACCCACCUAUAAAACCAGAAAAAAGACUCAAAAUGCUUAAGGAGCCUUUGGGACAAGGACCUACAAUUAUAUAUGUACCCACCAGAAAAGAAACAGUGAAAAUUGCUAAGUUUCUAUGCAAAUCUGGCGUGAAGGCUGCUGCUUAUAAUGCUGGGCUGCCGAAGUUGCAUCUAAGAAGGACUCAUAAAGAGUUUCAUGAAAAUACUUUAGAGGUUGUUGUUGCAACAAUAGCAUUUGGAAUGGGAAUUGACAAACCGAAUGUUAGAAGAAUCAUUCACUAUGGUUGGCCGCAGAGUUUGGAAGCCUACUAUCAAGAAGCUGGACGGGCUGGUCGAGAUGGGAAAUUAGCAGAUUGCAUUCUAUAUGCAAACCUAGCAAGGAAGCCAUCACUUUUGCCAAGUCGUAGAAGUGAAGAAAUGAUAAAGCAAGCGCAUAUCAUGUUGUCUGAUUGUUUCAGAUAUGGAAUGAAUAUUUCAUGUUGUCGAGCAAAGACACUUGUAGAAUACUUCGGAGAGGAUUUCAGCCAUCAGAAAUGUCUCUUAUGUGAUGUGUGCACUAAUGGACCACCUCAAAGGAAGAAUCUAAUAGAGGAAGCUUGUAUUUUACUGCAAACUAUAGGGUCCCAUAAUGCACGUAACUAUUCCAUGGAUUCCUCAUAUAAUGAUGAUAUCCAUUUUGAUUCCAAGGAUAGAAGACUAGGAGAGAGGCCAAGUCUUAUGACGUUAGUUAGAAAUAUAAGGGAGCAGUUUCAAAAAUUUGUAACAACUGAUAUAUUAUGGUGGAGAGGCCUUACCCGAAUUUUGGAAGCUAAAGGAUAUAUCAGGGAAGGAGAUAACAAGACCAAUGUUCAGAUAAAAUACCCGGAACUAACAGAACUAGGUUUGGAAUUUGUGAAGUCCAUGACUGAAGAAACUUUCUAUGUUUAUCCUGAGGCAGACAUGUUGCUUGAAACAAAAACUGACAAACCAUUUUCCUCAUUCUCAGAAUGGGGAAAAGGUUGGGCUGAUCCUGAGAUCCGUCGCCAGCGCCUAGAAAGAAUGCAACAUGAUAGAAGUCCAACGAAGCGGCAAAGUCCCGGAAAGCGAAGAAAGAGGAAAGGUAGAAAAGCAAAACCUGAUUUGAGGACUUCUCGAGGUAGACUAACCGCAAAGCUUUCAAAACUUAAGUGA